AUGAAGAGUCGAAGCGACAGCCCUCCCCGAGAGCAAACACCUCCGGAGUCCUCGCCCGCGUCCGACCCCGACACCAAGGAUGCAGGCAUAGACGCAAUACAUCAAGAAAAUGCGACUAUCACCCCCACCACAACGAGGAAAUGGAAAUGGCUCAGUUCAUCAGCCGGCGCGGACACCGCCGCGACGUUGUUUGACGACGGGUCAGCCGAGCCCUACACCAAGAGCGACGAGAAACGACUCGUCCGCAAGAUCGAUUUCAUGAUCAUCCCGUACCUGGCCGUGUGCUACGCCUUCUUCUACAUCGACAAGACGACACUGUCGUACGCGGCCAUCUUCGGCAUCCGCGAGGACCUCAACCUCAAGGGCACCGACUACAACUGGCUGUCGUCCGUGUUCUACUUCGGCUUUUUGGCUUGGGCUCUCCCGACAAAUUUUCUCAUGCAACGGCUACCUCUGGCCAAGUACUUGGGCGCCAAUAUAUUUUUGUGGGGCGUGCUGCUUAUGGCACAAGCUGGAGCGAACAACUUCGCGACGCUGGCUGUUCUCCGAGCGCUGUCUGGGGCAGCGGAGGCCUGCGCAGAUCCCAGCUUUAUGCUGAUCACAGCUAUGUGGUAUACGAGACGGCAGCAGCCGGUGCGUAUCGGGUUAUGGUACACGGCCAAUGGCUUGGGCAUCGCUUUGGGUGGCCUGCUCGGCUACGCAAUAGGACACAUCCGUGGCUCCCUGCCCAGUUGGAAGUACGAGUUCAUCAUCAUUGGUGCCCUGUGCAGCGGAUGGGGCAUUGUGCUGAUAAUUUUCCUCCCUGACUCGCCCGUCACGGCCCACAUGCUGUCCAAGAGGGAGCGGCGGAUCGCGAUCGAGCGCCUCAGGGGGAAUCAGACGGGCGUCGAGAACAAGACCUUCAAGGUGGGCCAGGUCAUCGAGACCCUCAAGGAUCCAAAGACAUACUUCUUCUUCCUGCUCGCCACGGUGCAAAACCUGCCCAACGGUGGGAUCUCCAACUUUGGCACGCUCAUCAUCAAGGGCUUCGGUUUCAGCACUCUGGGAACUACCCUGCUGCAGAUGCCCUACGGAGCGCUGAUUGGCCUUUCAAUCCUGAGCUGUGUCUAUCUUAACGACUACUUCUGCACGAAGCUGCAGAAGAACACGCGGUGCUGGUUCAUCAUUCUCUACACGUUGCCAAAUAUCGCUGGCGCUUUUGGUCUGAGAUUUGUGCCCACAGACCAGCACAUUGCUAGACUCUGGUGUUACUACCUGACAGGGCCAUAUAAUGCCUCAUUCGUACUGAUUUUGAGUCUCGUCACGGCUAAUACAAGCGGCCACACCAAGAAGGUGCUGACGAACGCCAUCAUGUUCCUUGGCUACUGUGUUGGAAACAUCGCGGGGCCAUUCUUCUUUAAGACCGAACAACAGCCGACGUACCCACUUGGCAUGGCGAGCAUGAUUUUCUGCUACUUGGCUUCGGUAGUCCUGAUCCUGGUAUUCCGGACUAUGCUGAGCAUGGAGAACAAGAGACGGGACAGGAACUCGAGCGGCCAGGAGCAACCAGAUCUAGAUGAGACAGCGUUCAGCGACAUGACUGAUCGAGAGAACCCAAAUUUUCGUUAUGUCUAUUGA